UCCAGGCCUGGGCUCUGGCCGCCCGCGCCGCCCGGCCGCUCCGGGGACGGGCCGGGGCGGGGCGCGGCGCGGCGGCAGGAAGCGGGGCGGGGACUCGCGGAGGCGUUGGGGAGCGAGGGAGGGCGCGGCCAACUCCCGGAGGGACGGCAGGCGGAGAGAGCGGCGCCCGGGUCUGGCGCCGAGCCUGAGCCCGCCGGACGGGAGGCGGCCCAGCCGCGGGCUCGGCCUCGGCCCCAGCCCCGCCAGCAUGGCCGGCCGGACCGUGCGGGCCGAGACCCGGAGCCGGGCCAAGGAUGACAUCAAGAAGGUGAUGGCGACCAUCGAGAAGGUCCGGAGAUGGGAGAAGCGCUGGGUGACUGUGGGCGACACUUCCCUUCGUAUCUUCAAGUGGGUGCCAGUGGUGGACCCCCAGGAGGAGGAGCGGCGGAGGGCAGGUGGUGGGGCAGAGAGAUCUCGAGGCCGGGAGCGACGGGGCAGGGGCGCCAGUCCCCGAGGGGGUGGCCCUCUCAUCCUGCUGGAUCUCAAUGAUGAGAACAGUAACCAGAGUUUCCAUUCGGAAGGCUCCCUGCAAAAGGGCACUGAGCCCAGCCCUGGGGGCACCCCUCAGCCCAGCCGCCCUGUGUCACCUGCUGGACCACCAGAAGGGGUCCCAGAGGAUGCUCAGCCCCCACGUCUGGGCCAAGAAAGAGAUCCUGGGGGCAUAACUGCAGGCAGCACGGAUGAACCCCCAAUGCUGACCAAGGAGGAGCCUGUUCCAGAAUUGCUGGAGGCUGAGGAUUCGGGAGUGAGAAUGACCAGAAGAGCCCUCCACGAGAAAGGUCUGAAGACCGAGCCCCUCAGGAGGCUCCUUCCCAGGAGAGGCCUCCGGACAAACGCCAGGCCCAGUUCCACGGUGCUGCCGGACACCAGAGCUCCCGGGGGAGGAAGCAAGGCCCCGAGGGCACCCAGGACGAUCCCCCAGGGGAAGGGGAGCCCCGUCCACCGGCAGGCCCACGGAUGCCAAACCUGCGGCAAGGUUACCUCAAGCGCCAGAGGACAUGCCUCAAGAGCUCCUAGCCAGUGCCAACUUCGCCAGUCUCCUGGGAACCCAGAUGGGACAGAGGCCUUUCUGCCCUGGUGCCCGCCUUACAGCCUGCGGAAAGGCGUCCUGGGCCGGGGGGUGGGCCCAGAGCCCUGGAAAAUCCCCACCUGGAGAAGGCCCUGAGCACAUGGGCCCUGUGAGUGGUUCCAAGGGCUUUCACCAAGCUCUUCUCUCCCAACUCCACUGCUGGGCCUGUCAUAUUAGGGAAUAAUGUCUCGCGUUUAUUGAGAGCUUACUCUGUGCCAGGCAUUGUGAUUUACAGUGAUUAUCACAUUUAAUCCUCACAAUAUCCCAGUGACACUGGUGUUCUCAUUAUCAGCAUUUUACAGAUGGAGAAACUAAGUCUCAGAGAGGUUAAGGGACCUGCCCAAAGUCACACAGCCAGUAUGUGGCAGGACCAGCAUACAGACCCAGGUCUGCCCGCCUGCUUCCACAGGCGGCCUUGCUGCACCACUUCUGCUGGCGCAAGAGUUAAGGGUGCAGGUUUGACAGGGCAUCCAUUUAUGGAGCAUCCAUUUUUUUCUCAUGGUAAUUAAAUAAAACACUUUUUAUGCUAAAAUGAGCAGAUACUCUCUGGAAUGAAAUUAACAUUUACACCAAUGAUUGAGAUGAAACUUGAGACUCCAGAUUUUUCACGCUAAGGCCAAUGCUUCAGGCUCUGCCCAUGGAUCCUGAAGUAACCUCUUCUAAGACCUCUGCCUUUAGAGGGAUGUUGGCCAAGGAAGCCCUACUCCAGGACCUGCUCCUCGGCAGAGCCUUCCUGGAAGCCAAAAGAUGGCCACUCCAUAGUUUGCCAUCCCACUGAACUGCUUGGGAAGUUCAUGCAGUUCCCCUGGACUAAGGUUUCCAAUUUCCCAACAGAUAUUAAUCUUCAGGAUUUGGAAGUGAAAAAUUGGAAUUCUUGGGAAUUCCUGAAAUCAUGUUAUUCUGUAUUUUCAUAACUUUGCGUAUAUUUUUAAUAAGAGUAGUUACAAAGAACUGUAGGCUACAGCAAAUAUUCAAAAACCAGAAAAUACCAACUACCCAACACAACUGGGUAGUAUUUGAAUAACAAAAUGUUUAAAUCUUCAGCAAGAUAACUGUAUUACACAGAAGCAGGUGUUGAAAUUGCCAAUUUGAGGACUUGUUUCCAAAACUUGCUUCUUAGAACAUCAUUCCUAGGAUUUGCAUGAGAUACAUGAUGCAUGUAAACAGAUUAAUAUUCUGUUUGUGAGAAUGACUGUUUACAGCAGACAGGGCCACAGAUACACUUGUAAUAUGGCAACGGCUAUGAAAAAGAAUGAUCAGAACCACUUUUCUCCUAUUUAGUGCUUCUAACCCAAGUUCCCAACAUGUCUCCCUUAACCUGGGACGCCAUUUAUCAGCAUUUCCUUCUCUUGCUUUCUACUUCAUGUCAGUGGAUUCCUUCAAACCAGGAAUGCCUCUGUAUUUAUUGUUAAGCACGAAUUCUCACAAGAGAGUUAUAACACUUUUUCCUGUUUUCCCAAUCUCUUGACUGAUUUUUGUUGGGAUUCAGAAAAACAUAAAUUUCCCGGAAAACACCAGGAAGGACUUCCUGCCCAGAUAUACUAUUCCGGGCUGAACAGGAUUGGCAAGGCAAGUCUGUUACAGAAAUAAUUACUGAGCAUAUCAUCAGACCCAGUCACUGAUACUUCCUGCUUUCAGGGGCCUCAGAGCCAGAAGAUCCAAUUGUGGAUCUCAGCUCUCCCAGUUCCUGGCUGUGAGACUUUGGGCAAGUCACUUUAACUCUCUGAGUUUCAAUUUAAUGAGUAGAAUGGUGCCUGGAAAUAAUAAUGCGUGUUUUGUGAGGCGGUAUUGUAGAAAGGUUAAAAGUGUGGCUUUAGAGUCAGAUGGGCUGAGGUUUAAAUUCAUUACUUACUACCUCUUUGAUUUGAGGCAAGUGCUAACCACUCAGAACCCCAUUUUUCUCCUCUGUAAAAUGGAAAAACGGAGCCCACUUCACAGGAUUUGGGUGAGUUUAAAUGAGAGCACAUAUGUAAAUGCUUCACACAGUGUAAAUGCUGGAUAAACGUGGGCCAGUAUAGUUAUUAUCUGCUGUAUCUACCUCACAGGGCCUUUGUGAGGAUGAAAGGGAGGUCGUGUUGUGGAGUUGCUUUCCAAGCUGUGAAGUGGUGUCCACAUGUUUGUCUUUCCUUCAGAGAUAGGAUGGUCAGAAGCUCCUUGGCAGACAUUAGAGCUAUCUCCAAGUAAGGGGCCUGGGAAUACUUACUGAUCCCCACAGAAGGUAGCGGUGUUGAGGAAGAGGUAUCACCAUGAUUACCUGGAAAACGGGGUUUAGCUGCAAUCAAGUAGGCGAACUCUGGCAUCGUCUGACUUGGGGCACACUUGGGGGACAGUGGAAAAGAUGAUUUUCAAAAGAUGCUUGGAGAAAGGACUGUGUUAGAUGGAGCCUGCACACUAUAGGUUUGUUUAAUAGGGAUUGAAUCAGGGGCAGGGGGCGUGGUGGAAUAGGGAGUGGUGAGGGGGCUCUUUGACUAUUGUCUGAAGCCCUGUUAUUGCCUAAACCUAGAAAACAAUCCUAUUAGCUGGAACCGGUGUAUCCUGCUCCUGCUGUGCGUGCACCUACGAUGUUCAUUCCUCCCUAGACUAUAGACCAAACAUGAUCAAAGGGCUUUCCAGAGAUGAGCUCAGGUAAUCCUGACAGCAGCCCCGUAAAGUAAAUACUAGCAGUACUCCCAUUUUGCAGACAGGGGCUUGGAGUCUGGGAAAGUUAAGACCAUUGCCCAAGGUCAUACAGCCUAUUUGUUGUUGAGUCAAGAUUCAGACAAGAGUCCAAGCCCUUAGCGCCACCAGGCCACCUCAACUCACGAGCUGCCAGAUGCUGAGCUUGAACAAGGAAAAAGGAAACACAAAUGUAUGGAGUUGAGCACCUAACUGGCCUCCUCUCUUGCCUUCUGUGACCUCUCUCUCUCUCUCUUUCUCUCCCAAUAUUAUUCCUAUUUAACAUAAGUCUCCUCCUGAGUCUCCCUUCCUCCUUACCAUGGCCUCUUAGUUUCAAGUACUGGUGUAGCAAUCGAGAAACCAAGAAGCCUUCCUAGACAAAGCCUCAUUAAUCCAUUCCUGGAGCUAGAGGCGGACCGUAGAGUGUGUUCUGUGAGAGCUGCCAACAAUUUGGGAGUAAACUUGGAGGGUGGAACUUAAUCAACUGGCUCCUAAGUGCCCAGCAGUGUGCCAAGUCCAGUAGCAAGGGUGGAGGAUACAUUCAGGGGUGAAACAGGCAGGAUCCCUGGCUUUAGGGAGCUUUCGGGCUACUAGAGAAGAUGGGCAUUAGGAAUCCUCCCAAAAUAUGAAUUCUUGCAAACUGUGAUAAGUAUCAUGAAGGAAAAGUUCAGGGAGCUAUGAAAGAAUAUGAUGCCUAAUGGUUGGAGUGGGUGGUCAAAGGCCAUUUUGAGAAAUGAUAAUUAUUGUACCCCUGAGAACUGAGUUGGGGGAAGAGAAUUCCAUAUUGAGGCAAUAGUAAGUGCAGGCACGAAGGCCCAGAGGUGGGCAGGAACUUGGUAUGUUGGGGAAACUGAAAGGCAGCCAUGUUGAUGGAGCGGAGUAUGCUGGCCAUGAUAAGAGUGGUCAAGUUAAGACUGGACAGGCUGGCUAGGGGUGAUGACAGGUGCCUUGUAGGCCAUGGUAAGGACACUGGGUUUUUUGGUUCAACUUUUUAUUUGGAAAUAAUUUCAAAGUUACAGAAAAGUGAAUAGUACAGUGGAGAUCUGUCUGUCCUUUAUCCUAAUUUCAUCUGUUAAAAUUACUUGUUCUUUCUAUAUGUGGAAUGUUACAUGUGACUUUUAUUCUGAACUAUUUGAGAAUAAGUUUUACACAUCAAACACCCACCCUUUACCCCCAGACAGGUACAAUGUGUACAAGUACAAUAAUCCACUAAAUUUAACAUUAAUGCAAUACAGUAUCUCAUUUACCACCCAUUUUGUCAAUGAUCUCAAUAAUGCCCUUUACAUAGCAUUUUCCCUCUAGUCCAGGGUCCAGUCUAGAAAUGAAGUAAUGCAUUCGGUUGUCAUUUCUCUUUAGUCUCCUUUAAUCUGGAAUAGUUAGCCUUUGUCUCUUAUAACACUGACAUUAUGGAAAAUUCAGUUUUCCCCUUCCUCAUUUUGGGGUUUGUCUGCUGUUUCUUCAUUACACAUUCCUGCUAGAAGACGACAUAAAUGUUAUUGUGUCUUUGUGGUAUGACAACAAAAGGCACACACUGUCUCCUCCUCCUUGGUGAUUGAAAUUUUUGCCUGGUUAAUUUACUGUUUGUCCCUCGUAACUGAUAUGUGAUCAGGGAGAUAGUUAAAACCCUGCAGAUAUCCUAUUCCAGAGAUUAUUGAAUAGAUAAAAUGUAACAUCCACUGAG